AUGUCAACUGGAGCGAUGGCCACAACAGCCAGCACGAUUCCAGAUCAAAUGAAAAAAUUUAUUGAUGACGAGAAACAAAAUUUUCAACAAAUCAGUACAAAUUUCACGGCACGCCAUUUUCAAUUUCCCACAAAAUCGCAAAGAAAGAUUGAUGUUGUUCAACUAAUGUCGGAAUACGAAGGAAAUUUUUUAACAGCCAUUUGCUAUAUUCGAUUUCUACUUGGUCGUGCUUCAAAGUUCAUCCGACUUAUCGAUGAGAUAGGAACCCUUCCCAGCGCCUAUGAACUUAAUCGUUUAACCUGUUUGGCAACGUAUAACGAUUUUAUUCAACGUUACUCUGACAUAAUGUCAGCUAUACAAACACAUGAAAAUACGUGCGGACGUUCUUUUCGUCGAUCGGUUGAACGAAUGAUUCCAACGAUAGCUCAUGUACCGAUCAAUUUACACUUACAGCAAUUGCUUGUGAUGGAAGGAGAUGAUAAAUAUAUCUACAAUACCGUGACACUUGGCGCACCAGCCGUUCAUCAUUCUCAGUUUACUAACGGUGGAUUAUCUCGUAUAAAAUCGAAUAUCAUUGUGACAAAUGCAAGAUUGAAAAGUUUACAAGAUAAUUUCCAAGAUGUUUUGAUUCUCAAUUCGGAUAUUGAUGAUGCACUCGAUCAUCUAUGUCAAAUAAUUGAAAGUCCAUCGACAUCAGUUGAACAUAAUGUUUUACAAAUGUCUUUACAACGUGUUGUUGCGGCAGUAUUAUCAUUACUCAAUUAUUCUACUGUUGAUUUGUCUCAAAUACAGACGCAUGUUGAAGGAUCAGGUUUAAUAAAUAGAAGUCCUAUUGUAAAAGAGAUGACUGAUCCAGAAACAACAGCAAAUGAUUUGAUUCAAAAUAUGAAAAGUAUACAAACAAAAGCAGAAAAAUUAUUACAACAAGUUAAAUCAUCUAGUAAAGAAGCAAAGGCGUUUGAUCGAGAACAAUUAGAAAAUUUAAAAUCUGUUGCAAAUGAACUUGAAAAGUCAACAUUGAAACUUAUUUUAAGACAAAUAUUCACGGAAGGAUCUGAAAUAGAAUCUUAUCCACAAGCUUAUCGUGAACGUUUCGAUAUAGCCUUUUCACAGUCUUCUGACUUACCAGAUGUUGAGAGUCCCUUGCGUGAUAUUACACGUGACGGAGAAAGACCGAUUAUUCAAGAUACACCACCGGCAUUUUUUCAUGUGGAUACUACUAGUGAUUUUGUACAACGGGUUAAAAAAAUAAAAAGUAGUACACAAAAAACACCACCUAGAUAUACUCUGACAACAGGAACAUUGAACGAUACGCGAGUGAAUCGUAUAUCAUCUGGAAAAUCAUCAACAACGAUGACAACAACAGAUUCUGAUAUUAUCCACUAUCCAACAACAACUGUUGUGGAACCAACAAAAACUUCGGCACCAGUACAUAAUUUUGCGUUUAUACAGUCGGCUGCUACUUUGAAACGUCGAAAUAUACAGACAAAUGAUCGAACAGCUAUACCGAUUCCUAAUGAGCCAACAACAUCAAAAGUCAAACGGACACCUUUUCAUGCUGGUGGUAUCUAUCGUUCAGAAGCACUUCCACCUGUCUUACCACGUCUUAUAAUUCGCAGUGCAGUGACAACAGCAACCAUAAAUCGUCUAGCUCGACGUGACACUUCAAAACACAAACGACCGCCAUCUAAACCAAGACCGUUUCUUGUUAAACAACGAUUUCCAGUUCGUCACUCAAAAUCAGCAGUACCUCAAACACACGUGAAACGUUCCACAACAAUAACAAAUUCGAGACCACAUAAGAAGAUCAAAGUUGAAAAAAUAGUGGCACCUACGAAAAUAAUCACGAACACUUUUCAACCAAACAUAUUAACAUCAUCUACAAAAAUAGUAUCAAAUAAGCCAAGAAUUAUAUCAGCUAAAACAUUAUGA